AUGGACCUCACAAGUUCCCAACAAGACCAAGGUGUUACAAUGUUGGCUUCCAACUUUUAUGGAAGUAAAAAAAAAUCUGAUAGAAAUGAAAGUUCCAAUUCUGAAGAAGAACUGUCCUCUGAAGAAGACACUUCUGAAGAAGACACUUCUGAUGAUGAAUAUAUUCAUUCAGAAACAGGAAGCAGUUCAUCAAGUGAAGAGUCUCUCCAUGAUGAUUCUGAAAAUCAAAUCACUGAAGAAAAGCAAGAAAAUGAGGAAGAAAAUGAGGAAGAAAUUUUGAAUGAAGACACAAGUCCACCAAAUGCUGAGUGGAUAAAAGUGACUAAGAAAGCUCGACAACAUGGAUUUACUGGGAAAGAAGAACUUUGUGUAACUGUGCAUCCAUCGUCUACAGAUAACCAAAUUUGGCCUAUUGAUGUUUACAAACAAAUAAUUACUGAUGAUAUUAUAAAUCUAAUUGUUCAAGAAACCAAUCGAUAUGCUGAGCAGAAAAUUUCUUCGGUUACUGUAACAAGAAGAUCGAAAUUACGGCAGUGGGUUCCUACAAAUAACGAAGAAAUUGAAAAGUUUAUCAGACUUAUCAUUUACAUGGGAUUGGUUCCAUUCCCUGAGAUCCAAUUAUAUUGGUUAAAAAGCAUCCUUUAUAAGAAUGAAAUUGUUCCAAAAACAAUGAGUAGAGACCGCUUCCUCUUGCUCUUGCAAAUGUUACAUUUUUGCAACAAUGAAGAACCUAAUGUGGGAAGAGAUUGGAAAAUAAGAAAAUUACUAGAUAUGAUUUUGGUGCAGUAUCAAUCAAUCUAUAAAUCAGGAUCUGAUGUUAUAAUUGAUGAGAGUAUGGUGCCUUUCAGAGGCCGUGUCAUUUUCAGACAGUACAUCCCUGGAAAGAGCCAUAAGUAUGGAUGCAAACUGUUCAAAAACUUUGCAUCCUGA